AGAGAACCAUGGCAAGAACCAAGCAAACAGCUCGUAAAUCCACCGGCGGCAAAGCUCCCAGGAAGCAGCUCGCCACCAAGGCUGCCCGCAAGAGUGCCCCAGCCACUGGCGGUGUUAAGAAACCUCACCGUUAUAGGCCCGGCACCGUGGCUCUCCGCGAGAUCCGACGUUACCAGAAGUCCACCGAGCUUCUCAUUCGCAAACUCCCCUUCCAGCGCCUGGUGAGGGAGAUCGCCCAGGACUUCAAAACUGAUCUGCGCUUCCAGAGCUCGGCCGUCAUGGCUCUGCAGGAGGCUAGCGAGGCUUAUCUGGUUGGUCUGUUCGAGGACACCAACCUGUGCGCUAUCCACGCCAAGAGGGUUACUAUCAUGCCCAAGGACAUCCAGUUGGCUCGUCGUAUCCGUGGAGAGAGAGCGUAA